AUGCGUCGCGCCAUAACUGAACCACGAACAGAAAUCCCUCAUUCAAGGUAUUCUGCGCUCUGCUUGUCAGCAGAACAAGGAUGCAACUUUUGUCGUCUUCUCAGGCAAGCCCUUGUGUACGAGUUCAGCGUCUACGAGACUCCAGAUCCACCGGCAGGAAAUGCGCAAAUCAGUUUGAGCGCUAGAGUUUGGAAAGAUGGUGCGCGUCUGGGGAACUUGGCUGUCAUUUGCAAUGGCCGGGGGAGCGCUGAAAUUGAGGUCUUGUAUGACCCCCCGAGUGAGCAGAUUAGCACUUUCAGCCUAGUUCCCAACUUUGCCGACCUGGUCUCCAUGAUUCAAUCUUGGGUGAUCCGCUGUCUAGAGACUCAUACCAUGUGCCAUACGCCUGGAAACGAGCCGAAUGCAACACCAUAUGGUGGAAAAGUUCAAUUGCCAACCCGGGUCAUUGAUGUUGGCAGCCGGGAUCCUCAAGGUGGUUGGCCUGAUCCAAAGAUACACAUUACGCAGCAGGAGGAACGAGGAAUCUACACUGCCCUCAGUUAUCAGUGGGGCGUCAAGUCACACUCAUGCCGAACCACAGAGAGCACUCUUACAUCAUUCAAACAAGGAAUUCCAUGGAACAUCAUGCCAAAGACGAUGCAGGAUGCCAUCAUCGUGACCCGGGAAAUGGGCGUUCGCUAUGUCUGGAUUGAUGCCCUCUGCAUCGUCCAAGCCCAUCAAGGAAAUGAUGGCGAUUGGAGAAGCGAAGCUGAAAAUAUUGGGUCAUAUUACAGAAACGCCCUGGUGACCUUGUCGGCAGUGAGUGCAUUGACUUGCCACGAGGGUUUCCUCGGACCCAGACCACAGACUACGUACUCGAUCUCGGAUCCCUACAUCUUGAUUGAAGACACAACGAGCAGAGCGCACAGAUACCUUGUUCAUCUACCCAAACCUUACUACACUGCCGAGAUAACCCAUUCAAAGCUUCAACGACGCGGCUGGGUAGUUCAGGAGCGACUAUUUUCGUCAAGAAUGGUUCACUUUGGGCAUCGCUUCGUGUCCUGGGAGUGUUCUUGUCAGCAGGCACCCGAGUGGGAUCCCGAGGGCCACGAUGAAGAUUCUCAAGAGGGAGCGGACGACAGUAGUAUGAUGUACAAGAUCCAAUCAUGGCUCGCCCGACCUCGUGAGGAACAGCUUACGCAGGUUUGGACUUCUUUUAUCGAAUAUUACACGACGGCGCAAUUGACCUAUCAUUCCGACCGACUUGUCGCAGUAUCUUCUCUUGUCAAGACUCUCGAAGAGGCUUACGAGCCGAAACCGAGAUACAUGGUAGGUCUUUGGGAAGAAUCAUUGCCAUUGAGCCUUGCUUGGUCCAGUUCUGGGCUGGAUGAUACGAGGGGUAACUCAUAUGGAGACCAGCAAUUCCCUUCUUGGUCCUGGGCUUCGCAUGGUCGCAUAGAUUUUGAUGCACACAGGGGGUCUGCCAGAAAUACUGCACAGCUGGAGGGCACGUUUCCCAACAACAAUGGACCAGCGAGGUUGCGAUUGAAAUCUAUUCUCAAACCAUUGGCUCUUAUGCUACCACGGCUUGAUCCUCGGGAUAUGCGUCUUGAUGGAUGGGAGAAAGCCGACUUUCUACGCUGCCUGGAGCGCGAUGCAGGCAGGUUUCUGCUUGCAAUGAUAUGUCUGAGUACAGAAAGUUUCCAGGCCCUCAUUUUGGAAAAAUCUCAAUCAGAAACUCUUCAAUCAGACCGGAUCGUGACAUACAAGAGACUGGGAUUGUUGAAACAUGAUUUCUUGACUAGAACUGCAAAGAACUUUGACCCGGACUUUGGUGUAGAUGGAGAAUGGACAAUAUUUGAUUUGAUCUAG